UAUAAUUCGGUAUUGCUUUGGGAUAAUGGUGCUUGUGAGUAGCAUUAUUAGUCAAUACAUGCUGAGUUAUGAAAUAUCGCAUCGGGAGAUAUCAGAUACGCCUGUUAUGUAUGAGCAUCUUGGUUUACUAUUAGCAAACUCUCGCUUGUGUUAUCCGUUUUGUGUGAGGGCUAAUGGAAUUGAACAUCUGUGUCCACAACUUGGGAAGGUGGGGGAUUACUUUGACGAUAUAACACUACAUUCUACUGAACCGAAAAAAAAAAUGGAGGUAUUUGGCAAAUCUAUGGUAGCUGCCCCUACCAAUGUUAUUUACCUGUCUAGUAUUCUUGGGCUGGACGGGCCCCAGCCCGUCCACAAGUGUGACUGGAAAUGUCAAAACGAACAAAUCUGUGGCAACAUGUAUCGAUGCAGGCUAACUGGGCUGACCCAUGUUUGUGACAAAAACUGUAACCAGAGAAUCUUGUAUGACAAUCAUAGCUCCCUCUGCCGAGUGAGCAAACAGGUUUUUCCUCUGACGCUAGUCGAGCAACAGGCUGUGAAGGGUGUCCGGAGGAAGCUCGAUUCUGAGGGCGGCUCGGGAGAGACAUGUGGCUUCAAGCGGAGGAGGGAUAGUCAGCUUUGUCCGUCACCUUUCGAGAGAUCGUUUAAUUCUGUGGGGCCUAUAUGCAGUCCAGUUGGCGAUGGCAUGGAUACGAAC